AUGGAUGAUAAUGACAAUGUGGAUGCUCCUAAAGUUGUAAUUGAUAAAAAGGACGAAAAUGAUGAUAAUCAAAAAUUGAAGGAUAUGAGGUCGACAGAAGAGAAAAAUGAAAUAUUUCAGGAAACAAAUUCUAAAUCUCGAAGUUGCAACAAAAAUGGAAACAAAUACAAAUCUCGUAAAAGUAGAAGUCAUUCAAAAUCGAAAAGCAGUUCGAGAAGACGUAGUAGGUCUAAAGAGAGAAAAGACCGAAAACGUUCAACAACUCCGGAAUACAGGAGAAAGAGAUCUAGAUCAAGAGAAAGACGAAGAAGUAGAGAUAGAAGAAGUCGUUCAAGGGACAGGCAACGUCGUUCUCGUUCUAUUCGAAAACGAUAUAGAUCUAAAUCAAGAGAUAGAAAAGCUGAUGAAGCCGUAAAUUCAAAUGAGAGAACUGUUAAUGGUAAUAAAUCUCCAACAAGACGAAAUCACAGGCAUUCCAACUAUAAAUCUGACAGAAGACACAGAAGAAGUAAUUCUAGAGACAUUGAGAGGAGACCAUCUGAUGGAGAUCGAAGAUAUCGUGGUUCUCCUAAAUAUGAAUCUAACUAUGAUAGGUCUAAUAACUAUGGUGAAAUUAGAAGAAAUGAAUAUUCAAGUAGUCAGAGAAACAACUAUCAUCGAGAUAGAAAUUAUAGCAGGCGAUUCAAUGAUGAUCAGUUUGAGAAGAGUGAUGUCAUCAAUGAUGAUAUCAGUACUAGAAAAAGAGAUGAGCCUUUAUUUGGGAUUGAUCUUUCAGAACAAAGUAAACUUUCUGACAAAGAGGAUAUUUAUAAUAAUAGUUCUACAAUACCAGUACUGCUUUCAUCUUUAGAUAAUCUAAAUAAAAAAAAUCCUCAACACUCAAUGGAAUCACAACCUUCAAACUUUGUAAGACCUGUUAUUAUGUCUGCCAAUGAUAUACGCUUUCCACCUCCUAGAUUAGCAACAUCACAACCAAAUUUAGUAAAUUUUAAAGAAUUAUUGCCAAAUAUGAGAGAGCCUCCACCUAAUUUUUUGGCUUUUCGAGCAGAUAGCAAUUUUCAGGUUGGCAUGAAUAAUAACAAUUUUCAAACUCUGCAACCAACAACUCAACAGUCACAAAUUAUACGUCCUCCACUACCAGUUUUAAAUCAGGGUCCUAUUAAUUUGAGAAAUUUUGAACCUAAUCAGGUGAUAAGACCCAUGCAGAUGCUACAGGGACCUGGAGCUCGAAUAGAAAUACCAAUAGAUUUAAGAUUUCUAUCUCCAGAAUUAAGGCUAUCAAUGUUUAAUACUAACAGUGCUAAUCGACCAACAAUGAUACAACAAAAUCAGUUAGCAAACAUAUUCAGAGGUUUUCAGGUUGAUCCUACUCGCAUGAUGCAACAGUCUGCUGCACAGCCUCAGCAACAACAAUCAACGCAACAUUUGUUAGCACCACCUCAGAGAUUUUUAUCGGAUGUGAGAUUACUAUCUGCUAGUAGUCAGCAGCAACAUCAGCCUGCAGAUGUUCCUCCUCCUCCUCCACCACUCAGUUCAUUGAUAAAUAAUAGACCAACAUUAGUUCAACAUCAUUUACCUUUUAAUGUUAUCAACAAUGUAUCAAACAAAACUUCAGAUGGUAGCAGUACAACAAAUGCCGCGUUUCACCCAUCUCAAGAUCGACAUGUUCUACAAAAUCAGAUUCCUACAUCAGAUUUUAAUGUAAAACCUGAAGGUAACUUGCUUCCGAGAGCUCCCAUAAUUACACAUCGGUUUCCUCCACCCCCUCCACCUCCUGCUCCUUCUUCACUCUCUCAACCAUCUUCAACUACUAAUAGUUUGGACUCGUUGGGCAGUCAAAAUUUGUCAUCGACUGCAAAUGACGAGAAAUUGAUUACUGCUAUUAAAUCAAAUGUCAAGCAGAAAACUGCCACAAGUUCUGAAUUAUAUAGCCCAAACUCUUGUGCCAGUGACAGUAGUUCAGUGGAUGCUUACACUGAAGCUUUAUUUGAAGAACCUUUUGUUGACAAUGGCACACCUUUGGAGGAAGAAAGUGAUUCUAGUUUGAAUGUUUCACAAUCAGUUGAUGUUCCACAUAAUGAUAAUUUAACUUUGUCAAAUUUGAAAAGUAAUAAUGAAAAUAUAGCUAGUAAUGGUAUUUUGAAGUUCAAGGAUGAUGAAAGUUUGAUUAAUAAAACCAUUUCCAAUAAUAAAGUACAAGAUAGAGUAAGCAACAUGGAUAAAAAUACUAUUGACAAUGAAACUGAACAAAAUAAAAGCAUGUUCAAAAGUCUUGUUCAGAAAAAUCUUGACUUAACUGGAACAUUAAAUCUCUUUCACGUUAAUGAUUUAAAGAAAGUUCUUGAGACAGCAAAUUCUGCAUCUAAGAAAUCCACUCAUGAUAUUGAAAACAAAACUCUGAAUCCUGCCAAAAAUGCUUGUAGUGGAAUGGGGGCUGCAAAAUUAUCUAAGACUCAAAAAAUGGAGCAGAUUGCUGAUGAAGUUAAAGCAGCAUUAAGACCUCAUUUCUUCAAGAAAUUGAUUAGCAAAGAUGAUUACAAAGACAUAAUGAGAAGAGCUGUUCCUAAGAUAUUCAACAGUAAAAGUACGCUGGAUUCAACGAGGAUUCAAAGCUUCAUUCAAGAGUACGUGAACAAAAUCACACGAAGCCGUAAAUCAGGAAAAAUGAAAAAUACAACUGCACAUGGGGCGUCACAUGACAAAAAGCACGCCAUUGUUAAAAUAAACCCUUAA